UUUAUUUUCACAUUUAGGUAAUGUGCAUCCAUCUGGGUAAUACGGAAGCUUUUAUUUGGGACAAAGACAUGCCUAAUGAGCGAAGAACUGAUCUUGACGAGACUAAUCAAUUACUAGAAGAAAUUAGAAAAGAGAUAGAAAAAGACGAAAGAAGAUUGAUAUAUUCACACGAGUGGCAAGAUGGAGACUUUCUUAUUAGUGAUAACCUAGCUGUGGGUCAUUAUGCCAGUAAUGAUACUGCAAGGCCAAAGUCAGAGGUCGGACUCCGGAUUCUUCAUCGCACAACCACAAAAGGAAUCAGCAGCCCGAGAAAGGGACAGACGACGAUAUAAUACGGAACAAAAGACAAGUGUAUUCUAGCAUAUUAUAAAAUUUGUAGAAACGAAUAUAUUAAAAUUAAA